AUGAGGAGCCUUACGUGGCUAUUUAUCUUUGCACCUACUGUCUUGACUCACAGCACUCAUCAUCCACGCCCAACGGCCAUUACGCGCAAUGGUACCAUCCACGGCGUACAACUCCCCUCCUUCCAGCAAGAUCUCUUCCUGGGAAUUCCUUACGCCCAAGCCCCGCGACUAGACAACCCUAAGCCUAUCAACACUACCUACGAUCACGACGCUCCGUUUGACGCUUCUCGAUACGGAAACACAUGCUACGGCUUCGGCUCCAACGAGCUUUUGGGACUGACCCAGAGCGAAGACUGUUUGAAUUUGAACAUCAUCCGACCAUCCAGAGCAACAGUGGACAAUCAUGCCAACCCCCUCCCUGUCUUAUUCUGGUUGUACGGCGGAGGCCUACAUCAGGGUUCUUCCGCGGACCCAAUGUGGAAUCUAUCGUAUAUUGUGCAACGAUCUGUAGAAGAGGAACAGCCCCUUAUCGCCGUAAGUAUCAAUUACCGUCUCUCUUUCCUCGGAUUUCCAGGAGGACGCGAGGCUUUAAAUGCCGGGGUGACCAACCUUGGACUUAAAGACCAGCGAUUGGCCCUGGCUUGGAUCCAAGAGAACAUCAUUGCAUUCGGUGGUGAUCCGUCUCGGGUGACAAUCUGGGGCGAGUCUGCGGGCGGAGUCAGUGUUGUACAGCAGCUAGUUGCCUAUGGAGGCCAUGGUGGCACUGAGUUGUUCAGUGGUGCCAUUGCAGUCAGCGGUUUCGCUACGGGCGCUGCUUUGCCGGAAACGGAGAAGAUGCAGGCUGGAUUUGACAAGCUGGUGGAAGGGGCCAAUUGUACGAUGGCAGAGAAUAAGCUUGACUGUCUUCGCGGGACAUCCUUGUAUAAUCUGUAUCCCAUUGAAGGGAGCACGGAUGGGGGAUGGGGUCCUGUGAUAGAUGGUGAUUUUCUGCGGAGACCUCCUGCUUGGGAGAUUCUGGAUGGGAACUGUGCUCGUGUGCCUCUCCUUUUGGGCUGUAAUUCGGACGAGGGUCUUAUCAAAGUGACGGCGUCGGGAUAUUUCCCCAACGGGACGAAUGAGACUACGACCUUACUGGAGACCAAUUUCCCUCUCCUCCAACAUUCGGUCAUCGAGCAGUUACUGGAUCUCUAUCCAGAAGACGAGGAAGCACCACCGUACUCCCUCCCGCCAGACUUCGCGUGGUGCGAGGCUAUGCACGCCGUCAAUCUCCCCUGUGGCUCCCAGUACCGCCGCGCCGCGGCCCUGCUGGGCGACUACGUCUCGAACGCGCCCCGACGGUAUAUGGCCCAGCUGUGGUCAGGACUUGGUCUGCCGACGUACAGCUUCCACUUCAAGGCAGCCACGACGGGGAUCCCGAUCCAGUACUUCUACGGUCUGGGUCCUGGCUUUGCAAACCACGGGGCCGAGUUAGCGUAUGAGAUGGGGUUGCCGGGGGGGUUUACUACGCCGAUUCGGUUUUAUCCGCCGGUAAAGAAUGUUUCUGGGCAUGUGGCUUUGUCGGCGGAAAUGAAUCGACGAUGGAUUGCGUUUGCUGCGAGAAGGGAUCCGAAUGAGUUGACAGAUGGGAAUUCGUCACUAAAGUGGAGGGAGUAUAAAACAUCAGCAUCGAAUUUUGUUUUCGAUGCUACUGACGAGGAUCGCAUUCUGUAUAUGGAGACAGAUGAUUACCGUGAAGAAGCAUGUCAAAUAUGGACGGACAAUGUCGCCCAGACAGAUUAUUCUGGCCAAGGGCCAUAG